AUGUCACGUAAAGCUCCGCUGCAGCUGCAUGUCCUCAUCGUUGGCUGCGGUCUGGGAGGCGUUGCAGCGGCUCACUGCCUUGCGCAGGCAGGCCAUCAAAUCACCAUCCUCGAGACUGCAUCUGCAAUCAGUGAAGUGGGCGCUGGCAUCCAGGUAUCUCCUAAUAUCACUCGUCUCCUCGAACGAUGGGGUUUGGGCGAUGCUCUCGCUAGAAUAGUCGUCGAACCACAAGCCAUCGUUCUCCGCCGAUAUUGUACUGGCGAACGCAUUGGAUACACACGAGUAGGACGGUUUGCCAAUGCGUCUAGCGGGCCGUACUACCACAUCCACCGUGCGGAUCUGCACAAACUAUUGUACGAUUUGGUUGCCCCAUAUGUUACACUGCGUUUGAAUUCAACAGUAGUCGGUAUCGACCCGGGUCGACCGUCCGUGCAACUAGCAUCAGGCGAGACCAUCGAAGGCGACUUGAUCAUUGGCGCGGACGGUAUCAAGAGCUUUGUUCAGCAAGUCGUGCUCGGGCAGAGUAAUCUCGCGCAGGGGACGGGAGAUGCAGUAUACCGGGCAAUGAUCCCUACUGACCUGAUGCUGGCGGACCCCGAGUUGCGAUCGUUCGUCGAGACGCCAGAGAUGACCAUCUGGAUGGGGCCAAGGCGACAUAUGGUAGGCUAUAACAUUCGCGGAGGCAAGCUGUACAACCUUGGCUUGGCGCACCCGGACGAUGGCUCGGUCGAAUCAUGGACUCUGGAGGGAAGUGCUGACAAGAUGCGCACCGAAUUUUCCGACUUCGAGCCUCGUGUGAGGAAGAUAUUGUCUCACGUACAGUCAACGCUCAAGUGGCGUCUGAUGGAUCGACAGCCCCUUCCCACCUGGAAUCACUCGUCGGGCCGUGUGACAUUACUGGGAGACGCAUGCCAUCCCAUGCUUCCGUAUCGCGCGCAAGGUGCCGCCAUGGCUAUCGAAGAUGCUGCGGUCCUGGGGAAUCUCCUGUCGCGCAUUUCGUCAAUUUUACAAUUGCCGGCUCUUCUCCAGGCAUACGAGUCACUCAGGCUUCCGCGCACGGCCGAUACCCAGGCGGCAUCGCGCCUGAAUCAACACGUUUUCCAUAUGUCCGACGGUCCCCAGCAGGAAGCGCGGGAUGCCGGAAUGCGCGAGGCCAUGACGAAGGAACUAGAGAAAGUGCAAGGCAACGCCGAGACGGAAACUUUCACAGGCAACCCGAACCAGUGGGCGGAUAAGAAAAAGACGGAUGCACAGUUUCUGUACGACGCGGAUGAGGCGGUAGACGAAUGGUGGCGGGAGAAAGGCGAGCGCCUCAUAGGGUGCGGUAUGAGUCGGCUGUGA